CUCUCUCCCGUGGACUCCAACCCCACCUUCCCUUCCCCUGUUUUUUUUCCGAUUUCCAUCGAAAGCAGAGUUUCCUUUUACUAUUUUGCUCUUUCCUUCAUUGUCUUUUCUCCUCCGUUCCUCCCUCCACAUCUCUCUCUCUCUCUCUCUUUUCGAGUCGAAGGGAAUUUAUAAAGAGAGAUUCGCAUUCCUAUUCCUAGUUUAUCUCCCCUCCCCUGCCCGUCUCAAAUCGCCCAUUCGCACAAGAAAACCGAAACAGAGAGAGAGAGUUAGAGAGAGAGAGAGGGAGAGGGCGGGAGAGAGUGCAGAGAGGGAGAAGAACAUAUACCAGAAGACAACCUCUGCACCUCGCUCUCUCUCACGCAGAGGCGCAGGCACACGCCCGCACUCGAGCUCCCAGGUUGCUCUUACGUGGUCGAUGAUCGCCCCCGUCUUCGUUCUUGGGGUUGUUGUCGUAGUUGUAUACAACCACCAAAACUCAUUCUCUCCCGUCUCUUUCCCCACAUCUCUUAUAACGUUUGAUUCCCAGAUCCGUACGCCUUCCCAUCGUCCGCCGGUUUUUUAUAUAAACCCUCCUUCAAAAUCCUUCCUUUUCGCUCCCAAUCGACUCAGAAUCCUCAAAAGCUUCGACCCAACACGACUCCCCGCCCGCCAUGAGCUCCAGCGCAUCCUCCGCCUCCGCCGGCGGCGUCCAGAUCCACACGUCCCGGAGGCUGCCCGAUUUCCUCCAGAGCGUGAACUUGAAGUACGUCAAGCUGGGCUAUCAUUACCUGCUGACCCAUUUCUUCACCCUCUUGCUCGUGCCUUCAAUGGCGGUCAUCAUCGUCCAAGCGUCGCAGAUGAACCCGGAGGAGAUUAACCAACUGUGGCUCCACCUCAAGUACAACCUCGUGAGCGUCAUCAUCUGCUCUGCUUUCCUCGUUUUCGGAUCCACCGUCUACAUUAUGACCCGCCCCAGAUCCGUCUACUUGGUCGACUACUCCUGUUACAAGCCCCCGGAGCAUCUGCAAGUGAAGUACCAUCAGUUCAUGGAGCACUCGAAGCUCACCGGCGAUUUCGACGAGUCGUCGCUCGAGUUCCAGAGGAAGAUUCUCGAAAGAUCAGGGCUUGGGGAGGAGACUUACGCGCCCGAGGCAAUGCACUACAUUCCGCCAAGGCCUUCUAUGGCAGCCGCAAGGGAAGAAGCAGAGCAGGUGAUGUAUGGUGCUCUGGAUAAUCUGUUUGCUAAUACUAGUAUUAAGCCCAAGGACAUCGGGAUUCUUGUCGUGAACUGUAGCUUGUUUAAUCCCACACCUUCGCUGUCUGCUAUGAUUGUCAAUAAGUACAAGCUGAGGGGUAAUAUCAAGAGCUUCAAUUUGGGGGGGAUGGGGUGUAGUGCCGGUGUGAUAGCUGUUGAUCUUGCUAAGGACAUGUUACAAGUUCAUAGGAACACUUGUGCUGUGGUUGUGAGCACUGAGAAUAUUACACAAAAUUGGUAUUUUGGGAACAAAAAGUCGAUGUUGAUUCCGAAUUGCUUGUUUAGAGUCGGGGGAGCUGCGGUUUUGUUGUCCAACAAGUCAUCUGAUAGGAGGAGGGCUAAGUACAAGCUUGUCCAUGUGGUUCGGACACAUCGUGGGGCCGAUGAUAAGGCGUUUAGGUGUGUAUAUCAGGAGCAGGAUGAUGCGGGCAAAACGGGAGUUUCGCUAUCAAAGGAUCUGAUGGCGAUUGCCGGCGGGGCACUUAAGACUAACAUCACUACAUUGGGUCCUCUUGUUUUGCCGAUCAGUGAGCAACUCCUGUUUUUCGCUACAUUGGUAGCUAAGAAGUUCUUCAAUGCUAAAGUCAAGCCUUACAUUCCAGAUUUUAAGCUCGCUUUUGAUCAUUUCUGUAUCCAUGCUGGUGGGAGGGCUGUGAUUGAUGAGCUGGAGAAGAAUCUGCAGCUCCUUCCGAUUCACGUCGAAGCUUCUAGAAUGACCUUACACCGGUUCGGUAACACUUCGUCGAGCUCGAUCUGGUACGAGUUGGCUUACACGGAGGCCAAGGGGAGGAUGCGAAGGGGAAACCGUGUUUGGCAAAUUGCUUUUGGAAGUGGUUUCAAAUGUAAUAGUGCAGUGUGGCAGGCACUCCGGAACGUGACCCCUUCACCCAAUAGUCCCUGGGAAGAUUGCAUUCACAAGUAUCCGGUGCAGUUAAAGCUAUAACUGCUAAAAACAUAUCGGUUAGCGGUUUCCUAAUUUAUGCGAGGAUACCAUUGAAGGGUUAGCUAGAAAAGUGUCUAGACUUCUGUCUUUACUGCGUCGAGAGUCUCAUUUAUCCGGUUUGUGUAUGUGUUGUUUAGGCUCAAAAGUCACUAGCCGGCUUUUUUUGUUUCUUUUGCUCUGGGUGUCUGAACAGUUUGGAAUCUUGAGUGUUUUCCCCUGGAGUUUGAUGUUGUGGUACUGAGGAACUUGUUCUUGUACUUA